AUGAAUAUAUUUCCGUUUAUAUUUUUACUCUUGUUACACAAGUCAGUUUACGCAAAAGAUGCGAACACUAUAAACUUUAUAAAAUUGUUUAUUCAAAACGAUCAAAAGCCUACGCAUUUAAUCUAUGGCGGACUUUGCUGGAAGAAAAAUGUCAUCAACAAGUUAGUGGUAGAACUGUCGACCAUCGGAGUGAGGACAUCAGCGUCAUUCAAACCGAAGUCCAAGUACCAAGACCACGCUAUCCUCUAUCUUACGGAUCUGGACUGCGCUCAAUCUAAAGCUAUUAUUUCUUAUGCUUUAUCCAAGGAGCUCUUUCAAUUUACAUACCGCUGGCUGGUGUUGGUGACGUCACCUCAACUGCAGCAGUCGAAGAUAUCUUUACUGAUGAAUGGCUCAGUACUGGUUGACAGUGACCUGGUGCUCGCUGAAAGGGUUGGAAACCAUUUUAAGAUGGUUGAGAUGCACAGGCCCGGUUUAAACGGCUCCAUGAUAACCACCCCUCGUGGCUUCUACAACGGUAGCUUCGUAGACGUGAGGCCCCAUCGAGAGUUGUACCGAAGACGUCGCAACAUGAUGGGACAUCCCAUCACCAUGUCUAAUGUGAUACAGGAUAGUAACAGCACAAGGGAGCAUCUGCCUAAGGAGGAUCGACUGGAGCUCCAAUACGACUCAAUAACAAAAGCGUGCUGGUCAGCCGCAAAGAUCGGCUUCGAGAUGAUCAACGCGACUGCCAAGUACAUCUUCAGCUAUAGAUAUGGAUACAAGGUGGAUGGCCAGUGGUCCGGCAUGAUCGCUGAUCUGUAUUCUAAUAAAGCUGAUGUUGGCACUAACUGCGUGAUAUUCCGCGACCGAUUCGACGUGGUGACCUACACUGACCUGGUGGCUCCCAUGCGGAUGCUGUUCAUCUUCAGACAGCCACCUUUAGCUUACGUGGCUAAUGUGUUCUACCUGCCCUUCUCCACCAGGGUCUGGGUCACUAUAGCCGUUUGUACUGCUAUAGCUACCGUCACUUUGUACUUGGCCAGUAAGGUGGAACUCGUUUUGACGAAGGUAAGGCAGCUGGAUGGUGGAAUUUGUGAUGCCCUGCUGUUGACGAUGAGCGCAGUAACGCAGCAAGGGUGUUACAUAGAGCCUAGGAGAGCUCCAGGGCGUAUGAUGGUGUUUGUGCUGUUCACGGCGCUGAUGGCGCUGUACGCGGCGUACUCCGCCAACAUCGUGGUGCUGCUGCAGGCGCCCUCCGACUCCAUCCGCAGCCUGCCGCAGCUCGCCAACGCUAAGAUCACCCUCGCUGCCAACGAUGUGGACUAUAACCAUUUCGUUUUCGUGAGCAGCCCCAUUUUAUGUUUCAAAGAACCUCUACACACUUCAAUAAGGGACAGAGUUUUUCCUGAAAAUGGAAAAGCACGACUUUACAGCCUCGCAGAUGGUGUUGAAAGAAUCAGGAAGGGUCUAUUUGCUCUCCACUCAGUAGCAGAGCCAGUAUACCGUCAGAUUGAAGCCACAUUCCUGGAGAGUGAGAAGUGUGACAUCGCUACUGUGGACUACCUCGUGACCUUCGACUCUUUCACUCCUGUCAGGAAAGGAUCCCCUUAUCUGGAGCUAAUCAGAGUUGUACACAAGCAAAUCCGCGAGUCCGGCAUUCAAUCAGCGAUUCGCAAGCGGUUCCUCGUCUCCAAGCCCCACUGCACCACGAAGAUGUCUUCGUUCAGCAGCGUGGGCCUGAUGGAUAUGCGGCCAGUGCUCAUUCUCAUGCUGUAUGGCGUCGCGGUAUCAGUCACCAUCGUGAUUGGGGAGAUCGCUGUGUAUAAACUAAUGAACCGGUACAAAAGGAGUUCCAAAGUUCAAUUGAUCAAAGUUAUGAAGUAGAUGCUACAAAAGCGUUUCUCUUAU